GGAAGGACCCCGGGUCCCAUUCCCACCCGCCAGAGCCAGCCUGUGCCCCACCCUGGGGAAGAUUAUAGCCGACACCCCCUAGAGGGAAAAGUCCCCCCACCCCCAGCCAGUCCCCCUGUGGUGGGGUCAGAAGCUGGCUGUCCAUGGGAGCUGCCUCUGUCUGUGACAAUCUCCCUCUUGCGUCGAUGGCACCGAAAUCUCCAGCUUUGACUUCCCCUUCCUGUCUUGAAAUCUCACAUCUCGCCCCAGCCCUCGCCCUGACACUCGCACCCGUACCCUGCGGUCUCCUCACGCACCCGGCUCUUUCCAGUAGAAUCAAGAUUCACUAGCCGUCCUAACCAGACAUAUGCUGUUCCAGUGUGCCGUUCCCAGUGCCCCGCCCCAGAGGCAGAUGCAUCUUAGCUCCGGGUUAGCAGUGUCGCUGUGUGGCUGUUCCCCAGCUGCCCUGCCUGGAAGUGGCUGCAUCUCAGCUCAGGGCUCCGAGUCACAAACCCUGGGGAACCCGGGAUGCAGGGUCGGAGAGCCAGGCACUGGGACCUCCUCUGCAGGACUCGGGGUCUGUCCCAGCUGGACGGCCCAGCCAUGGGCAGAUCCCUGUCGCAACAGCAUGAUGCUGGGGAAUGGGAGCUCCUGACUCAGGGCCCCCUCUGGAGAGCAGGGGGUCCUGCCACACUGAGGGUCCUGAUCCUCGCCCUGCUCUGGAGGGGGUCCCUGGCCCAGCUGCCCGGAUUUACCCUGACGGUGCCGCAGUCAGUGUCGGUGCAGGAGGGUCUCUGCGUUCUCGUCCCCUGCAACUUCACGUACCCAGCCUCGUAUGACACCGACAAUCCCUCGGCCCAGCUCUACAGAUACUGGUACAAGGAUCCAGCCAAUGUGGGCUCUGAUCCGCUUGUGGCCAGCAGUGACCCCCACCGGGGGGUGUCGCAGGAGACCCAGGGCCGGUUCCGGCUGGCGGAGAAUCCAGUGCGCGGCGACUGCUCCCUGCAAAUCAGCGACGCCCGACGGACGGAUGCGGGGAGAUAUCUCCUUAGAGUCGAGGGAAAAUUUAGCUACAAUUACCGCUCCAGUACCGAUGGCACUGACCUUACGCUCACGAUCUUGGUGCCAGGGCUGACGGAGGAGCCAGAGAUCCAGAUCUCGCCGGCGUGGGGGCUGCCAGGGACUCUGCUGGCCGGGCAGCCGGUGACUGUGACCUGCACGGCCCCUGGGCGCUGCUCCGGGCCCCGUCCCCAAGUCACCUGGAUGGGGCCGUUCAGCGACACGGCCCGGAACAUCUCAGCCCAGCUGGCGAACGGCACCUGGGCCCACAGCUCCACGCUCAGCUUCACGCCCGGCCCGAGGGACCAUGGCAAAGAGCUCAUCUGCACCGUCACCUACAGGCCACCACAGGGACCUUCCAUCCACAGAACCAUCCGGCUUCACAUCAUCUCUCUAGAGAGGACGCUGCAAAUCACCGUCUCCAGAGCUAACAGGAGCAAUCCCUAGCUAUUCCCAGAUCCCGGCAUCCUUGUGGAGAACGGCUCACAGCUCUCGGCCCAGGAGGGCGACUCCCUGCGGUUCCUCUGCUCCGUCGCC